AUGAUCGUGGAUCGCGUGCGAACUGGCCGCCUUGAUGACGCCCUGAAACUGUUCUACCAAAUGCCCGUGAGAGAUGCAAUUUGCUGGAACACGAUGAUCAAAGGCUACUUGGACUGCAUGGACUUGACAGCGGCAGAAGAGCUUUUCGAUGAAAUGCCUGAACCAGGUGUUGAGUGGGCAGAGGUAUUUUUCCAGCAGAUGCCCAUAAGAGAUCUUGCUACAUGGAAUGCAAUGAUUCAUGGGUAUUGUGAGAAUGCCAGAGUGGAUGAUGCUGUGAAAUUGUUUGAGCAAAUGCCUUCCCGAAAUGUGAUCUCAUGGACUUCAAUGAUUGUCGGGCUUGACCAAAACGGUAAGAGUGAAGAAGGAUUAAAUGUAUUUGAGAGAAUGUUCAAGUCUGGUGUUGUGCCCAAUCUGAGUACUUUGACAUUUGUAUGUGCUUCUCUUAUCACGUUUUAUGCUAACUGCAAGCGAAUUGAAAGAGCGACCCAAGUCUUCUAUGAAGCAGUGCAUAGGAAUGUGGUCAUAUGUACGGCUCUUUUAACUGGUUAUGGCUUGAAUGGUAGGCAUGAAGAUGGCCUGAAGGUGUUCAGUGACAUGAUGAGUACAAAGUGUUCUUCCUGA